ACCCGCCUCCCCUUCACCUUAUAUUGAAAAGAAGAUGCAUUUAGCGUUGCCCUCAGGGUAAUAUCGACAGAAAAAUCUGACAGGUCACCUUAGAAUUCUAAAACUGAUAAAACUAGAAAGCAGACACAAACCAAUGGAUCAAAGAUAUUCCACGAGCUCGAAAUGUAUCUCUCUGGUACGUAGAUAUGGUUCGAAGCUAGCGCAAAGAGAUGGAUUGCGCAUUUGUGAAUCCCUCCAUAAAAAUAGGUAAAUCCUUCACCAUAUUCAGGUAGAGCUGCUAGCAAUAAACAAAUGUAUUCAGAAGUUUUUGGAUAGAAACUUCUCUAAAAAGCACAUUCAAUUUCUCUGUCUUGAAAGCUAUUUAAUGCACGUCCAAACUAGCGUAGUGUGGAUACCAAGGUAUACCAGGCAAUGAGGAAGUAGACAGCCUUUACAAAAAAGGAGCAACUUAAGAUCAGAGCCCUUCUGUGGUCUUAUGAAAUGACACAUCAAUAAAAAACUGAGCGAAAGGCCGAAGAAUCAGAUGGAGAUUUACUGGAGAAACAUCAUUUUAAGACAACAGGCAUGAAAGAAGAUGGCAACUGUAGAUUCUGUGAAAAAUAGAUGGAAACAGCAGAGCAACUACUCUGGGAAUGUCCUGCUCAUUUAUUUAAAAGGCUCAAGUAUCUUCAAGGAGAGAUGUGGGACACUAAAGCACCACAAAUAGCAUCCUUUGGGAGGAGUAUGGGUAUUUUAGAAGCAGAACAUUGAGAUGCAGGAUCUUGUACAAAAUAUCUUCUAGGUAUACGUAUAUUUAAGAACAGGCACAGAGGAAUACAAAAAUUAUAGAGGCAUUUUACUACUAAGGACAUAUGGUGAACUGUACGCGAAAGUAAUGGGAAAAAAGCCGAGAAAAAUAAUUGAUGAAACGUUAGAAGAUUCAAUAAGACUUCAGAUAAAUGUACGAAUCACUAAGCAUUAUAUAAAUACAAAGAAACACAGCAUAAAGCACAGGCAGUAGCCUCUAAAAAUAUAACCUCAAAAUGAGAAAUUUUGUCGACCUGGGUAAGUUGAUCAAUAUGGGGUAAGUCAAAUGUGGCUGCUUAAAACAAAUAUAUGUCAAUCUGUCAACAUUACUUUUACAGUUAAGGUUAUAUAUUAUUUUAUUACAUUUUUUACAUAAAUAGUGAUGAAGAAGCUACCGAAACUAUCAAAAAAGGUUUGCAUAAAUACGAAAAAAGUCCCUGUAACGCUCCCUAAAUGUCCUCCGCCAGUUUUAACAUUAAACAACGGCAUAAAAAUGCCUUCCUUCGGUCUCGGUACAUGGCUAGCCCCUCCAGGAGAAGUUGGAGAGGUCGUCAAACAAGCCAUAGAGGUUGGGUACAGGCUUUUCGAUUGUGCUUGGCUUUACAGUAACGAAAAAGAAAUAGGCGAGGGUUUAAGAAGUAAAAUUUCAGAAGGUUCUGUAUACAGAGAAGAUUUAUUCAUUUGUACUAAAUUGUGGAAUACGUUUCACGAACAAGAGAAAGUAGUACCGGCUUGUAGAGCAUCUUUGAAGAAUUUCGGGUUGGAUUAUUUGGAUCUCUAUUUGAUACAUUUUCCAACGGCACAAAAAGGUAGACGUGUAAAUCCAAAGUUGCCAUUCAAAAACGCCGAGAAUUUGGAUUACGAUUACGUUAAAACUUGGAAAGGUAUGGAGGAAUGUGUGAAACUAGGAUUAACGAAAUCUAUCGGUAUAUCCAAUUUUAAUAGCCAACAGGUAUUGAGAGUCUUAGAUAAUUGUGAUAUAACACCGGUGAUAAAUCAGAUAGAGGUGACGCCCUUUCUGCCACAACAUAAACUUAUCAAAUUCUGUAAAAGCCACUUUAUAGAAAUCAUGGGAUAUUCUCCUUUGGGGUCUCCAGCAAGACCUUGGGCCAAACCGGAUGAUAAAAUGUUAUCUUUAGAAGAUCCUACUCUUAUUAAUAUCGGAGAGAGAUAUAAGAAAUCCGGUUCGCAAGUUGUUCUACGUUAUGUAUUCCAAUUAGGAACAAUACCAAUUCCCAAAACCUCCAAUCUCCAAAGACUUAAACAUAAUAUUAGUAUUUUUGACUUUGAGCUUGAUCAUAAUGAAAUGUGUGCUAUUAAUCAGGCAUUCAAGAACGGAGUUAGAGUAUGUCACGCUGAAGAAUUGAAAGACAAUAUUCAUUAUCCAUUCCAUCUAGUAGAAGAGUGAAUUUUUUUUAAGAAAAAUCAAAUAAAAUUUUUAAAAUCAUGUAUCAAUUACUCUCAAAUAAUGUACUCAAUAUGUGAUGAUCAAUCAUAUCGGUUCAAUCAGAAUUAUUCUUAUCUUUACGAGGUCUGGUUAUAAUAAAUGAGACUGGUUACUAAAAAGGAGUUCUGCCGUUUUUUGC